UUAAGGAACAAGCAAGAAUGCCAGCAAAGCAACCUUCCUUUCUUUUUCUCCUCCCCCAAUCAUAAACACAGACAUUAAGAACUGUUGCUUCUCUCUCUCUCUCUCAUCAGUUGAUAAUAUUUCUUAAUCCAAGCCAGGCCAAGCCCAGCAGGAAAAGGGGCAUAAUAUUAAUUGUCAGAUUAGGGUUUCUUUACCCUUAACAGAAUCAUCAGAAAUUAGAUUCCCUCUACACCGUAUGAGGUCUGAUAACACACCAUCAUCAUGUUUGAACGUGCAGAGGGGGCUCAAAGAUUCCAUUUUCAUAUGAUUUUUUCCUUGUGAUUUGCAAAAACGAAGAAGCUCAAACGCGGAGUUGUUGGUUAAUGUGUUAGGCUGUUACUGGGUUUUGCUUGGAGUUUGAUAUAAAUUGAUCUUGAAUUUUCAGUAUUUGUUGAACCACCCUUAAGAGUUUUGUGGAAGCUGGUCUUGAAGAUGGAGGAUCAGGUGGCUUUUGGUGACGUGCCUUCAGUGGAUCUGCACAGGGAAAUAAAAUUGGAAGAAGAUGAAGAAGAGUUUCGGAGUUGUUGUGGAGAUGAUGAAGUAUGGAAGGACCCUGAAGAAACAGAGAAGGAAGAGCCGCAGGAAAUUCUUGAUGAAUUUUCAGUUAAUAUGUUUUUCAAAGGCAUCUCUAUAGCUGAGGGCGGGGACUCUGGUUCUGGGUUUUCUGGAAUUGGUGUUGUCAUGGAAAGAACAAAAAAUGUUUCUCUCAUUCAGGUACAAAAGAAGCUGGAUUUCUAUGUGGAGGAAUCAGUUGCUGACUAUUUGGCUCUCAUGGAUGGUCUGGCUGAAGCAUUACAGCAUAACAUCUGUCGAGUGUAUGCAUUUACUGAUUCUGAAAUGUUAUAUGAUCAGAUAACACACGAGGAGAAAGUUGAGAUCCCUCUUCUGAUUGCUCUGAGGCAAAGGAUCCUUGAACAUGCCAGUAACCUGGAAACCUUUGUACUCAAAGUCAUUCCAGUAUGUGAUCUGCAGAGGCCAUUGCAUUUAGCCCAAGUUGCAAUUGGGGUUGUCUCUUUUCCUGCAGAUGGAAGUAAAUCACGUGACAACUGUUCUAUCUGUUGUGAGGAAAAGAUAUCACCAAUGAUGAUUGCAAUGAAAUGUUCCCACAAAUUCUGUUCCCAUUGUAUGAGAACCUAUGUUGAUGGAAAAGUACAGUCAUCUCAAGUACCAAUCAGAUGCCCUCAGUUAGGAUGCAAAUACUACAUCUCCAGCACAGAAUGCAGAUCCUUUUUGCCACUCACUUCAUAUGAAUGUUUGGAGAAGGCCCUUGCAGAAGCUGAUGUCCUCCACUCGGAUAGAAUUUACUGUCCAUAUCCAAAUUGUUCUGUCCUGCUUGAUCCCCGUGAAUGUGUUUCAACCCAAGCAAGUUCAUCAAGUCAGUCCGAUAACAGCUGUGUAGAGUGCCCAGUCUGUCAAAGGUUUGUCUGUGUAGAAUGUGGUGUUCCUUGGCAUUCUUUGAUGAGCUGUGAAGAGUUCCAAAAUCUCCCAUUGGAAGAGAGAGAUGCUGCAGACAUUACCUUGCAUCGUCUGGCACAAAAUAAAAGGUGGAGGCGUUGCCAACAGUGCAGGAGGAUGAUUGAGCUCAUGCAAGGUUGUUAUCAUAUGACCUGCUGGUGUGGGCAUGAGUUCUGUUAUUCUUGUGGUGCCGAAUACAGGGAUGGGCAACAGACCUGUCAAUGUGCUUUUUGGGAUGAAAACAACUCUGAAGAUUUGGUUUCUCAGUCUGCACAAGAAUCAGAACAAUGGGCAUGGGAGACUUUUAACUCGCUGCCCAUGCUUAUGGAUGCAUACUCAGACCAGGAGAGAUCACAACUUGCACUGAUUCAAAGAUUUCUUGCUGGGGGUUUCAGUUUGAGUGAUCAUCACCCUUAUCAAUCCCCACCCCGCUGUACAGACUCAUAUGUAGAUGCCAUGAAGGAUCUUCAUCAGCUUCCUUGGCUUGAGAGGUUCGUCUCUGUGAUUAGCGACAACUACUAUGAAGACUAUAUCCAAUGAAGCUAAUUUAGGAUUGCUAAGAAAUUAGGAAAAAGUUGCAAGUCUUCUCAACAACGCUUAAAAAGGAGGUAAAAGAGCUUCUCACUCUAUUUACUCCAUUUACAAGGGAGUGCAGAAAUCAGCACUUUCCUUUGUAGUUUACCAUUGUAUGCUGGAUGAUGUGUGACCUUGAAAGGUCCUUGCAUGAGAGCAAAAGGGAAGGAGCAAUAUAUGAUGAUUGUUUUCUUCUGGAAAGAAAAUGAAAAAUAGAUAAACAGUUACUCUAUUGGUGAAUUGAAAGAUAGUGAAUCAAAGUUUGUUCAUCUUC